UCAUCGUAUGUUCCUCUUUAUCUGUGUCUCCAUCUCCCCCAGCCGCCUGUCCACCUGUGUCAGCCGCUCGUCCAUCUGCAUCUGUCGCUCGUCCAUCUGCCUCAGUCGUUUGUCCAUUCCCUGUAAGACUGAGUGGAUAAGAGAGCAACAAGCACGUGGCAUGCAAGAUUCCAAGGCUGGUCUUCUCCAUCUGUUGCAUGUAUCCGCCUUGUCUCACCUGUCAUGAUGUCAGGAGAAGUCGCGUUGUGGGAAUCUGCCGCCGCUAUCCACGCGUCGAUGCUGUCCUUCGAAAACGUCUUCGAAACUCGUGCGACUGUGGCUGUGGCAACUCCUGGAUGCUGAGAGACUCCGAAUGCCUUCUCCACGGCAAUACAACAGAAUGUGGACAGUGCUUUCUUUGUUUCUGUUCUUACUUGGAGUACAAAGCCCAGGAAGAAGAAUAGUAUGGUGAAUGGGGUCACAAUGGUGAGAACAAUGGCGUUCCACAGACUUUGGAAGAAGUCUCCCGUUCGAGUGUAGCGGUGCAGACUUCUGCUAAAGAAACAGGGACAGUCCUUGUUCUGGAGAUAGUCUCUCUUCUGAAGCGAGAGUAAAACGCGUUCCACAGCGCAAUAAAGGAAAGCCGGUGUGAAGGCGACGGUAAAGAGGAACGCGUCGAUGAGGGAAUACAGAGCCACCAUGGACCAAAAGGUGACGCGGCAGAGCCUUGACUGACAUCCCCUGAUGAAAGACGCGAAAUGGCGCAAGGGGGCUGACCCACAGAAAGCUGCAACAUACAAUGUAAAGCCACGUGUACAGCUCUGCGGUUCAACGAGCGCAUGGCGAUUCUCGUAGCCGUGUCGCACUGACCGAUGAGGUUGAAUGGCGGCGGCAGGCGCUCGUGCUUUGGCAUAUUCAGGUACUCAUUCAACACGCGAACCCGCAGCAGCCUGCGCUCAUUGACAAAGGGAGAGAGAGACACGUCGCUCUGCCUCUGACGCCUCUUUGUCAUCCAUCUGUCUGUCCCUCUUUGUUUGUACUGGUAUUGAGAGGUUUGUUUCUCCUCGAUGGCCGCAUACGUCGACGCCUGACGCAGACAGAAGGGACAUGAAUUGAGCGCCUGCAUGAUACCCUCGUGUCUCUCUCACCAUAAUCGCGAUAAGGAGGUUGAGCUAUUGAAGCCGGCAGACAGAGAGACAGACAAAGGGAGUCCUUGAAUGUUGCUGAGUGCCUGAGUGGUUUUGACGUACGAGAAUGAUGGAGGAGAGGAUGACGUAUGUGAACAGCAGGACGGCCCCCAGCGUGUCGUGGCUCUCUAUGGCGUUGGUCAGCGCCUCACUGAACUCACCAAGACCCGCGUAAAAACUGCACAACACCACAAGACGGAGAGAGGCAGGUGUCCCGUUCCUCUGUGUCUUCUCAUGAGCUCCCAUGCGCACAGAGUGAGUGUGGCUUUGGGGAAGGAGCCGAAGUACUGGUGGUCUUCGUCGGACGAGAGGACGGUGAAGACGCCCGCGAAGACCAGCAGGAUGUAGAUGUACAGCAGUAGAAAAUUCCGGAUGUCCGACAGCAUCUUCACCACCGCACUGACCCACGGACAAGCACAUGACACACAGAUGGAAGCAGGAGGGUAUCAGGACAGGAGCGUCCGCUUACAGAAUGAGUGGUCCGGCGACGGAAAAAGUAAUGCUGACGACUUGCAGGAGACGGAGCGCAAAGAGCAGCGCUAUAACGAUCCCUGAGCUCACUUCCGCCUCGGCAGAGUAGCCCAGGAAGUGGACGGCAAUGAAGGCAGCGAUUGACACCGCCGCAGCACAGUCGAGGUUGUUCCUGCAGCCAUGUAUGCACGCCCCCACACGCCGACAGCACACAUAAAGCCGCCAGCACGGCUGGCUCUUCACCCACCAUGAGUCGGCCCAGUACGCUGCCUUCAGGCGGAUGCCCUGCACACACACAGACGAUAACAUAUGUCAUAGUUUUCAGUCAGGCGUGUCUCCUCUCGUCUGUCUCACUUGGAAGGCCUCCUGUAAAAUGAAGCCGAUGCCGGUCAGCACUGCACCCCACAGCCACACCCCCGCCAUCAUCAUGCCGCUGUCUCCCUUGAUCGACUCGAUGUGCAGCAGCACAAAGGCCACCCUGAGAACACGCACAGAAGAGGUGCCAUGCGCUCUCUCUGCCUUCAUCGUUGUGCCUGGCUGCAGCCUUACAUCAGCAGCAUUGACAGCACGCGGCUGAAGAAUGCACUCCGAGGUGAAAACUCUACCGCGCAAAACUUCGCCGCGUUGGGUAGACAUCUGGCGGUAAUGUCGUUGAAGUAAUAGGACUGCUGCCAGCGAUGUGUUAUGAGAGAGACGCAGUUGGCUACCGCAAUCAGCACAAAGGAGUGAGUCGAAUGACAGAGAGAGGACUUAAUUGUGCGGCUUACCUUGGGUGACGACUUCUAGUGGCUCAGCGGCUUCAAGCAGCUCAAGGAACUUCUCCUCACCGCCUUUGAGUGACUCUUUGAACUCUUUUUCUCGCGUAUCGGUGCAGAAGCGCGCUGUAAUAGCCUGAAAGGACGCGAAUAUACACAGCGAAUAAAUGGAAUCUUCUCCAUUACCUCGAGCCACCCGGCUACCUCUGCAAGGUCACUGCACAAUCCGACAGACGGAUCCAUGCUGGUCGCUUUCUCUCUUCAAUCCUACUCUGUGAGCGAGUCCUGUGGUCGUGAAGCCAUCAAUUUGCGGAAGAUAGUGCACCAGCGAAGAGUGUCGAGGCCGGGCGACUGGGAUCGCCUCAGGCACUCUACGAAGCCGUGUUUCGCGCAAGCAACAGCGUCGGGAAGGAGCUCUGGCUGCCGCAACACGCUCUCGAGCUUCUGGUCAUUUGUCCCCAGGAGCUCCAUAGCGACCGCCCCAGCCACGGCAAACAUCGCACCAACGAAUUUUGGGUCGUUUGCCCUCACAUAGCUUUCCUCGAGGGCAAAAUCGAGAGGCGUCCUUCCGUACUGUCAGAGUCACAUAACCAGGGACAAUACCGAGAAAUGCCUCGGCGCAGUGCAGCCUACCUUGUUUUUGAUCCUCAAGAGCUGUGGGUUCACCCUUAGCAUCCACUCCACCACAUCGACAUGGCGAUUCCCUGCAGGAGAACACAAAGAGACACGUUGAAGACUCAUGCCCUUGUGGUUGUCAUUUGCAGAAGUGAAUGACCUGCUGCCCGAUGAAGAGGCGUCCAGCCAUCCUACAGACACAAAAUGGAGAAGACAUCUGUCAGCUGUUCAAUGCACCAGUCGACAUUCCUUUAUCCUUACGUUGUCCCGAGCUUCCAGCAGUUCCUUUCCGCCCCACUCGACAAACUUCUCCACAACACCAACUGACCCUUUUCGUGCUGCCCAAUGAAGAGGCGUGUCGCCAUCCUACAGUCACAGCAUGAAGACAGCAGUGAAGACAUCGGUCGGCCAAUGGGCAGAAUGAGUGUAAUUGUCGAGCACGAUACCCCAUCUUUCAGGUUGAGCAGGUGGCGUCGGUUGUCCAGCAGCACCUCAAACACCGCCACAGACGAACUUCGCCCUGAGGAGCACACACAGGGGCCACUCAGCUGCAUCAUCAUGUUUGUGUCGUGAUGUAAAGAGGCGUACAUGCGGCAUAGUGGAUGGCAGAGUCAUGAUGGUAGCCGUAUCCAGUCGUCAGCACUUUCUCGGUUUGCUCAGGCGACAGACCGUCGAGGGCCUUCCGCAGGCCCUCCACAUCUGACGCAUCGAUGGCUUUCUUGAUGCUGUCUUUCAGUGCAUCUGUCGCUUCCCACUCGUCGGCGGCCGGAGCGCCCACCAGGGGGACCUGCAGACGACACACAGACGUCCGAGAGGCCUGAGAGUCGACUGACACCAACACACCUGCUCGAAGCGUCUCGGUGCCUUGGUGAUGUCAUCGGUGACGUCAGGCAGCUGGGGCUCCAUCAUCCCUUGGCCAUCGUCCAGCAGCAGAGGAAUGUGCUCACUCGAGGCCGACGCCAUCUGCAGUGGACAGACAGACGCACACAGACACCACUCGUCGGAGGCAGCCGCUGGUCACUGUGCCACAAGGGCAUUGCAGGGUGACCUUGGGAUGGUCUGUCUGUGUGUGGUGGAUGGCCUGCUGUGCGGCAGCGUCGCCCUCGUCGACUCGCGGCAGCUGGAUGUAGCACGCCUCAUCAACACCGCUGGGGCGUCUGUGGCCGUCUCUCACACUGUCGCCCUCUUGGCCCUGCACACGGGGGCUGCGCUGCGUGUGCAGCAAACCCCACAU